AGAGAAUCAUGUCCUGGAUCUGUGCUUCUCAAUUUAAGAAAUAGUCCGGUGAAGUCAUAUCUGUCCAUCCUUAGCACGAGGGAGGCUCUGGCAGGAAAGGAGAAACCUGAAUGGGUGAAGUUUGCCAGUUAUACAGCCUAAGAAAUCAUGCUGGAAACAGAAGGGGCAUAGAGUCUACAUAUCAGCAUCUUGCUUUCAGAUUUGACCUCUGUGGAAGAUCGCUUCCCAAAAUGAACCAUUUACAGAGAAUGAUGAAACCACCUUCUGGAGUUUGAAAAGAGACGAGGCUGCUUUAAGAGAGAAACAGGAAGUUGUAACUAGAAGCCCUCUGAAUGCUAAGCCAUCGCUCCUGAAGUAGCCACAAAGUAGCAGCGUUUAUUCUGAAAUCCCGUGGCUGACCAUCCGCGCUAGGCAAACCUGUUCAAAGUGCUCAUCCCUCACCCAGGGAUUUUUCUGAGCAUCACGUUCAGAGCGGAGAAUGGCGGGGCAGCUUCGGCUUACGUCAGGCAAAGAUGAAGAUCAUUUUCAACACCAGGGAGCAGUGGAGCUGCUCGCCUUCAAUUUUUUGCUCAUCCUUACCAUUUUAACAAUCUGGUUAUUUAAAAAUCAUCGAUUCCGCUUCUUGCAUGAGACUGGAGGCGCGAUGGUGUAUGGUCUCAUAAUGGGAUUAAUUUUACGAUAUGCCACAGCACCCACCGAUAUUGAGAGUGGAACCGUCUAUGAAUGUGGGAAAUUGUCGUUCAGCCCGUCAACUCUGCUGAUCAACAUCACUGACCAGGUUUAUGAAUAUAAGUACAAGAGAGAAAUCAGCCAGCACAAUAUCAGUCCCCACCAAGGCAACGCCAUACUGGAGAAGAUGACAUUUGACCCAGAAAUCUUCUUCAACGUUUUACUGCCUCCCAUUAUAUUUCAUGCAGGAUACAGUCUGAAAAAGAGACACUUUUUUCAAAACUUGGGAUCCAUUUUAACAUAUGCCUUCUUGGGAACAGCCAUCUCCUGUGUGGUCAUAGGGUUAAUUAUGUAUGGCUUUGUGAAGGCCAUGGUGCAUGCUGGCCAGCUGAAGAGUGGAGACUUCCAUUUCACUGACUGUUUAUUUUUUGGCUCACUGAUGUCUGCUACAGAUCCAGUGACAGUGUUGGCCAUUUUCCAUGAACUCCAUGUGGACCCUGACCUGUACACACUGCUGUUUGGGGAGAGUGUGCUGAAUGAUGCUGUGGCCAUAGUCCUCACAUACUCUAUAUCCAUCUACAGUCCCAAGGAGAAUCCCAACGCGUUUGACACUGCCGCCUUCUUCCAGUCGGUGGGGAAUUUCCUAGGGAUCUUCGCUGGCUCCUUUGCAAUGGGCUCCGCGUAUGCAGUCGUCACAGCACUGUUGACCAAAUUUACCAAGCUCUGUGAGUUCCCGAUGCUGGAAACAGGCCUGUUUUUCCUCCUUUCUUGGAGUGCCUUCCUAUCUGCAGAGGCUGCUGGCUUAACAGGCAUAGUUGCUGUUCUCUUCUGUGGAGUCACACAGGCACAUUAUACCUACAACAAUCUGUCAUCCGAUUCCAAACUGAGGACCAAACAGCUGUUUGAAUUUAUGAACUUCCUGGCUGAGAAUGUCAUCUUCUGCUACAUGGGCCUGGCUCUCUUCACCUUCCAGAAUCACAUUUUCAACGUGCUUUUCAUACUUGGAGCCUUUCUAGCAAUUUUUGUUGCCAGAGCCUGCAACAUUUACCCGCUCUCCUUCCUCCUGAACCUGGGCAGGAAACAGAAGAUUGCCUGGAACUUCCAGCAUAUGAUGAUGUUUUCAGGUUUGCGAGGUGCCAUCGCCUUUGCCCUGGCCAUCCGUAACACAGAAUCUCAGCCCAAACAGAUGAUGUUCACCACCACACUGCUCCUUGUAUUCUUCACUGUCUGGGUGUUUGGAGGAGGAACCACUCCCAUGCUGACAUGGCUUCAGAUCCGAGUUGGUGUGGACCUGGAUGAAAGUCAGAAGGAAGAGCCCUCCUCACAGCAGGAAGCAAAUAAGUUGGAUAAAAACCUGACAAAGACAGAGAGUGCACAGCUCUUCAGGAUGUGGUAUGGCUUUGAUCACAAAUAUCUGAAGCCCAUCUUAACACACUCGGGUCCUCCACUGACCACCACAUUGCCUGCAUGGUGUGGACCAGUCUCCAGGCUGCUCACCAGUCCUCAGGCCUAUGGGGAACAGCUGAAAGAGGACGAUGCGGAAUGUAUUGUAAACCAAGAUGAACUCGCCAUGAGUUACCAGGAGCCAGGCUGCUCACCCAGCAGUCCUACCGCAAAGCUAGCUCUAGACCAGAAGCCUUCACUCCAGACUCCGGGCAAGGAAAAUAUCUACGAGGGAGACCUUGGCCUGGGAAGCUACGAACUCAAGCUGGAGCAGACGCGGGGUCAACCACACACAGACUAAUGGGCAUGAUGAGUGCAGAUGAAAUCACAAGUAAUGUAAGACCACGGAGGAAUGCCAAGAGCCUACGAGGCGGUGCAGAGAGACACAAAGAGUAUUAAGAACAUAAAUUGGACAGAAUCAAAACCUUGUCACAUGUAUCCUCCCGUGCCUUCAGAAAUGAGAAUUCAUUCCCUUCCCUCUGUAUUAUGCAACCUCAUUUAAUUAUCUGACAGCCAUUUUUACUGCUGGAUUGGGGGCCAGGCGAGUCAGGUGUGGCUGCCUUACAGAUGAACCAGAUGUGCUGGGUCUGCAGGGGGCUCCUCCUCCUGUUCCUCAGGCAGCUCUCUAGGCCCUUCACGUGGAUUUUGGAUUCUAUUCCCUUAAUUAUGGAGCAUUAAUAACAUGAAAAAAGAGCCUCUGAGCAUAAGCGAUAAUUCUUAUCUCUUAGGACUUGAUUCCACUUGUUCUAACUAACUCUAGGGCUAUGUGCAGAGUCCAGUGAGUGUCCAAUGCCCACUCUUGAUGGCCUCAAAGAAUUUGCAAGAGUUAGAGGCCCUGUUGUUCUUGCUGGCACUCUCUCCAUACUGUUCUUCCCACUACUCCAAGGAGCUGCUUGCCUCCAGGUGUGUCUGUGUUAAGUGCGGGGCCUCCUGCCAGCCUAAGGGAACUCUUUCCAGGGAAAGCUGGUUUCUUUCCCACAUUCUGUGUUUUACUCCAAUGAUGAGCCUUCCCUCCUUGUAUGCACUGGAGCAACUUCUUGGCUCCUGAAUCAGGUUCCCUCUGCAUGUGCAGGCGCCCUGACCUUUUCCAAUUCCAAUAGUGGUCACUGAUUGGUGGCAAAAAGACAAAAAAUAAUAGGGCUGAUGGCAUUUAGACCACAAUGAGGCACCAAGGACAAACACCGAUCUGGACCCACCCUUUCCCAGAGUGGCUCAAGGCUGCAUUGGAGAGACCAACACAAUAGCUUUUAACUCAGCUGCAUGACCUGUGCCUUUGAAGCCAUAUGAUACCUCAAGCCUAGCUUCUCUUGAAAUGCAGACCUUGCUAUUUGGCUCCAAGGAGCAGGCUUCAGACUUAAGAGCCCAAGACAUGAUGGACUUGCUUUUGAGGGAGAUAGAGAAUGAUGUCUUUCUCAGGCCCAAAGCUUAAAACUAAUGCAUGCUUUGCUGACCACUUCUUAAGCCUUAGAGCUGUGGUAUCAGGUAUACUGCUCUGCAUGUCAGUUUUCUUGCUUCGAAAUAGUAGAAACUGGGGAAAACUUUUAUAUUCAGUUAAGUAAAAUCUUAUCAUUUGGGGGAAAUAUGGCAAGUAGAGAAAUUUUCUAAUUUGACAUCAUCCUAAUAAAAUUUUGUUAUGGAGUA